CCUCGUCCGGCAUCAAAUCAAGCAGCGGAACGGAUGACAAUAAGCAUGAUAACAAAAAACCGAACGCCAAUUCCGACACCGAUUCCAGUUCUUCAACGGAGAAGAUAGUCAACAAGCGGAUACUGACACCGAGAAGUCUGAAGAAGAUCGGUGACAUUGGACCGCGGCUAGACAGCAAGACCAUCUCGGUGACGUUCGGUUCGAACCAGGAAAGUGACGAGGAUGCGACGCUGAACGAAAUGAUGGGCAAGUUUGACGAAAGUUACCACUACGAGAAGGAGACUGAUAUACUGAGUUGUAGCGACUCGGAUCCAACGGACGUUCCGACGGACAUCGACACGGGUCAGGAUGCGGGCGAUGAGUGCGAUACGGAUGAUCUGCUCGAUCUGGACUUUAUCGAUACGGGCUCGGUGCUGGAGGAUAAGGAAACAUUCCGGCAUACGGCUAGCUGUUCGAUCCAUAGCUUCACACCGGAUGGCAAUAAACCAUCGUCCGGUGUCUCGAAGCAACGAUCACUCCGCAACAAACGAAGCAAUGAGUCCGGUGCCGGCUCAAAGCGACGCAAAAAGCUCGUGCGGACGAGAAAGAAGCAAUCGGAAAGCGUCACCACGGAGAUGGCUGUCAAUGGCUCAUCGUGUGGGCUAGUGAGCCGCGGAUGCCGCAGCUUGGGCGGGACGCCGAUGUCGCUGCGACGCAAUCAACGGCAGGAAGCGGAAUGUCGAACACCGGUAGCCCGUAGCUCUCCCCUUACCAAUCGCUGUAACUCGCUCACCUUCACCGAGGUGAACACACUGCACGGCCGCAUACUGGCCAUCUCGGAGAGUGAAAAGGCUCUCCUUAGGGCGGACCUCGAGGCGGACGUCAAGUACAAGCAGCUGAUCCACGAAGCCGAAUCGAUUCUCUUCUCCAUGAAGAGCAAUAGCUCGAUCUGUCUCAAGGAACAGGCGGUGUCCAUCGCUACCGGUAAACCUCCACCACUGCCUCCACGAGAACCACUGGUCCCUGUAGUACCACCGGCAGUGCCGGCCAAGGAAGCCACUCCACAGACUACGAUCACGGCGAGCCCACGGCGUGUUUGUAAUCCACCGGCCAACAAGCGCGUUGAAAUGUUGCGCAACUGUGAGGCGGACCUGAGACGUGAGCUGGCCAAAACAUGCUCCCAGAAGUGUGCCGAUCCGAUUAGCGAUGGCCUGAAUCCAGUCGAGGGUGUGAUCGUGAACAAACGGCUCGAGGUGCUCCGUUACGAUACCUCUCCGUGUUCGCUGUCGGCUCCGAACAGUCCCAAAAACACGCGCGUUCUGUUACCCCGCAAGACGCACAUUUCGAACUUUAUGCAUCACCAGCAGAGUUCUGGUGCGGCGCGGCAAUCGGAACACGCGAAUGACCUCAAACAUUGUGCCAACGGUGGAUCGCCUACGGUAGCAUCACCUCCACCACCACCUCCGCGGUUGCUCUCCAAGUCACCAACCAUCAUGCGAAGACGCUUCCGAAGCCAGAGCCCUCAUUUGAACAUCGAAUCGGAUUCGGACUCGGACGAUGUGAUACGCAAUCUGGACAGUAAAGCCAACGGUCAUAAGGGUCGCAGUAAUAAGGAGAACCAUAUGAACCCACAGCACGCGAUGGUGGCGUCCGCAACGGGCAAAGUCACCGGAAAGCAGAUGAACAACUUCCGGCACACGAUCCAUGGCGGUGGUGCUGGUGGUGCAGGGGAUGGGACCGUUCCGGUGGCCGCUCCUGGGGAGCUUCAUCUAGAGCUGAACAGUGGAAUGCACAAGUCGCCCCUGAUUUCGUUCCGUUCCGUUGAUAUCGGUUCUCCGGUGACUGAUGAUAGUUACUGUCCACAAAGUGAACCACUGAAGCGCAAGAUUUACACCUGCAGUGCGGCUUUCGAGCGUAUUCAACGGACGCUGGAUCAGGAUCCAGAACUCUCGAAGAAGGCAAUGCUCGAGCGGAUUACUCUUCUGAGACGUGAUCGUCAAGCCAUGAAAUCGCCACGGCACGAACCGCCGGUGGAUCGCGAGAAAAACGAGAUGAUCAUGGAUACGCUGGCCGAGAUUAAGCGAAUCUUCGAGGAUCAGAGCAUCGAGCUGAACCAGCUCAACGAUUCCGACAACUGAAUGCUGGGCGAAGGAGGAAACGGGAGCUAGAAGGAUAAUUCUAAUUUCCCCGGGCAUGGCAUCUACUUUUCACGUUAAACGGCUCGGUAAUUUUGAAUUCGUUUCAGUUAACCCUUGACACCCCAUCGUUUCGGUUCGUGUCCAUGCUAAUUCGAGCUCCGCGUCCAAAACUCAAAUUCAUCGGAAAAGAUUGAUUGCGUGCGUGCGAUUUUACGUUCCUUAGUACUCCUUAGUAGUCCCCUUAGUAGAAAUGUUUCACCAAAAAAUCAAUUAGCCAAAAACAUGGUAACGACGAAAUCAACCUUAAAUUCUUAGAAAUCUUCAUCCAUCCAUCCACUAGUUUGUAGACAAGGUGGUAACCAACACACCCUCUGAAUCUCUAG